AUGACAAAGAAACAAAAAACAUCAAAACAAAAUGAAAAGGAUCAACAUCCAUUUCGUUUUCAAAAUCUUCAUGAACGUUUGAAUAAUAUAAAUAUUAAUGUUGUUCAUCGCAUUCGUUAUCAUGAUACAAAUGAUCAUCAAGAUACGAAUGAUUUAAUUCGUACAAGUUAUUUUCAUCAAUCACUUCAACAUUGGUCAACAUUGAAUUUUAGUGAAGCAUAUUCCACUGUUCAUGAAAAGCUUCUUCCAUUAGCAAGAUCACUGGAACAAGUCGUUUACAAUCGUGAACAAAUCUUAUCUAUACUUCGACAAACAUUGAAUGAACGAAAUCCAUUAGUAGUUGAAUCAUUAUUGGAUUUAAUUGUUCAACUAGCACGUGACUUACAAGGUGAUUUCUAUGCCUAUUACAAACAAUUUCUAUUUAUUGAUAUAAUUAACUUACUCAUAAAUUCCAAAAAACAACAACAAAAUGAAAUAAAUACACAAUUACUUGAGCAAGUUUUUCAAUGUUUAACAUAUCUUUUCAAAUAUUUAUGGCGUAUUAUGUUAAAAGAUUUAGCAAGUUUAUAUGAACUAUAUUCAAAAUUUUUGUUCUCAUCAUCAUUCAUCAAUACAUUAACAACGAAUUAUGAAUAUAUUCGUUCGUUUGCAGCUGAAUCAUUUGCAUAUCUCUUACGUAAAAUAGAAAAUUAUCAAUCGUUUAUUGAUUAUUUAUUUGAUAGAAAAGAACGUGAUGAUAAUGAAAUAGAAAGUCUUGCAUUAGUCUUUAGUGAAACAUGUCAAAAUGUUCAAUCGACAUUUCAUUCAUGUACAAAAACUCUAUUAACAUGCCUUUUGAGAAAAUGUGUUGAUAAACCAACAAUUAUUCAAUCUUGUAUUAAAACAAUUUAUUCAUUAUUAGUUCAACAUACAAAUAAGGAACAUGUUGGGAUUCUUUGGAAUUGUUUGAUGGAUAUUUAUCGUACAUUAGAUCAUAAUCAAAUAAAGGAUUAUCUUAUAUAUGAAAUAUUCUAUGGCAUAUUUCAAAUAUUAAUUGAUCAUAAAAUGAUCAUUGAUAUAAAUUUAUGUUAUGAAUUUUUAACUAUGAUAAACGUUAAUGAAAAUGAUGAAUUUUUAAAAAUGCAUUAUGAAACCGUUUUUAAAUUAAUGCAACAUACAACAAAUAAUAAACAAAUAAUUGAUAUUUACUAUCAUUUUGUUGAGCAAACAUCAGCAUCAUUACUUUAUGAACAAACACGAAAAAUAUUUCAAAGUGAUUUAAAUGAUAAAUUAACCAAUGAUUUUCAUUCAUUACUAUGGAAUCAUCUAGUAAGAAAAACGAAUGGUCAACUAGAAAUAAUGGAUUAUUUUGUUGAUUAUAUCAUUAUUGAAAGAAAAAGAUUUGAUAUGAUUCUAUUGCCAAAUGAUAAUAAUCAAAAUAUUUUUGAUAAAAUCAAAUUAUUAAAAACGAAAAACAAAUUGCUCAUGAAAGAAAAGAUAACAGCAAAAGGAUUAGAAUCAAUACAAAUGUUUAUUCAAGAUAGUUUAUCGAAGAUUGAUGAUGCACAAGUUCUCCUGAAUGGACAACUUUGGCAAGCAUUAAUUCUUUUUAAUUCAUUACAUGAAAAAGAUUCAAAUCAAAUAAUAUUAACAAAUACACAUUUAGAAAAAAUUAUUGCUCGAAUUGUUAAUGACUGUUUAUCAUCAACAACAAUCGCAUUAAUUCUUUUAGAAUUAAUUGCUCAUGAUCAAUCAUUCCCUGCCACAUUUUGGUAUUCUAUUCUUAAACUAGAAGCUCAAUCAGAACUUUAUCUACUCGGUGCGCGUAUAUCAUUUCUAAUAAAUAGUCCAACAGAAGAUCAUUCAGAGAAAUUUAUUGAAUUAUUAAAAACAAAUUUAUCAUCAUUUAAUUCUAAUAUACGCUUAGUGUCACUUUAUAUACUUUCUUCAUUUAUAUCCGAUAAAACUGAUAAAAAUAAUGUAAUAUUAAAUUGUCUUCAAUGUGAACAAUGUCCAUUGAAUGUUUAUGAAUAUCGUUCAAAAAUAAUUUAUUUACAAAAAUUAUCAGUUGAUUUUCUUUUAUUAAAUAAUCAAACAUCAUCAUUUCAUUUAUCAAUGUAUUAUUUACUUGGUUUACUUAGUUCAAAUUUUACUCCAUUAUGGUCAGUAUCAAUUGAAUUAUUAGGUUCAUAUGGUAAUAAAGGUAUUGAACAUAUUGGUCAUACUUAUUUUUGGUCAAUUAUAAAUGAAAAAUUUCAAUUGAUAAAUCAACGUGAAGAAUUAAAAUCAAUUGAUCAAAUAAGUGAUAAAUUAAUUAAUGCUUAUAUUGAAAAUAAUAAUAAGAAAGAAUUCGAAAUUAAUGAACAAUCAAUGGACUAUAUUCAAUAUCGUAUAAAUUUAUUCAAAAUUUUAACUUAUUUUCCAAAUGAAUGUGAACAAAAAACAAAAAUACUUUUCCCGAUAAUAUUUGACUUUUUUUCUAAUGAAUAUUAUGAUCACUUAUUAUCAUUAGGUCUAUUUAGUCACUAUAAAACAUCAUUUAGAAUCAAAACAAUUAAAUUUAAACGAUUAUCAAGAAAAUUAUCCAUAAAAACUUUAGAAACUAUUUUAAGUUUAUUGAAACAAUUUCACCAUUACAAACAAUGGUUUGAACCAUUACGUCUUUAUAAUUUUUAUGUACGUUUAUUACUUUCAUCAGAUUGUUCAAUUCAGCAAUUAGCUUUUAAAUGUUUAUUAACAUGUUAUCAAAUACCUGAAUCAAUAAUUCAAUCAGAUUUUUUAACACAUUCAGAAAGUAUUCUUCCAAUAUUUAAUCCAAGUACAUGUAGAAAAACAUUUCAUGAUUUAAUUCAAGGUGUUUUACUUGAACAAAAUAUAUCUGAUUCAUUGAAAACUCAAUAUGCCUUUAUAUUAAUACGUGUUAUAUAUAGCAAAUUGAAUGAUAAACGUUCAUUAGGUUCAACAACACGUGGUAGAAAAGAUUAUUUAGAAUUGAAUCGCAAAUAUCUAUUUCAAUUUUUAAUAACAUUUGCAUCAAAUAACUUAUAUGACAAACAUUUUCAUUAUUUUAUACAAUUAUUAUUAGAACCAUUCUAUGAUGAAUUAUUUAAUUCAGAUGACAAACAAUGGUUAAAUUUAUUUAAUAAUAAAAUAUUAUUAAGUAACGAUGAAUUCGAUUUGAAUUCUUACGAAAUAUUUAUCAAAUAUGUUCAACAUUCAUUAUUAUUAUUGAAAACAUUUAUUUCUAAAUUAGGUGUCUAUGUACGUGAACAUAUAGAUUACGUUAUCAAAUUUUAUAUAUUAACUAUAAAAUUUGUUGAUCAUUUAAAUAAUCAAAAAUGUUCACAAGAAGAUAAUUUUCAAAUAAAAAAAAAUCGAAUCUUAUUAAAACGUAUUCGAUCAAUGUCAUAUAAAGGUUUACAAACAAUAUUUGAAUUAUUUGAUAGUGAUCAAAAUAAAAUAUUUAAAAAAGAUUUAAUUGAUAAUUUGUGGUUGUGUUGUGUUAGAGAAAAUUAUUUAGACGAUGUAUUGAAAAGAAAGAAACAACGUGAAGAUAUUGUACAUUUAUUAAAAUUAGCUACUAUAUGGAGUAGUACAACAUACUUAAAAAAUGCAAUGCUUAAUGAUAGAAAUGAUGCAAACGAUUUGAUGAAAUGUUUUAGUUUAUUUUUAAAUGAAAAUAUUACAAAUGAAAAUAAACAAUUGAUAAUUGAAUUUAUUUGGAAUAUUAUGCAAAUUGAUCCUGACGAUGCUUUGAUUGUUCCAUAUAAUGAUAAUUUACUUUCGUAUUUAACUCGUGUAUCGAAGUCAAUGAUUGAAUCUAGUAGUACAAUAUCAUUAACUCCAAAAGAAUUUGAUAUUCUUUUGAUUCUCAGUCGUAAAGAAUCAAAGAGUGAUAAAAUUGAACAAUUAUGCUCAAUAUUUUUUCGUCUACUGCGUCAAAAUGUAUUAUCAAAAAAGAAGAAGAAAUUUUCAAAUAAAACAUCUGAACAAGAUUUGAAUAUUUCGAUUCUUAAAGUCUUACAAAAUUUAAUAAUAAAUAUUCAAAAUCCAAUUGAAAAAUACCUAAAUUUAUUGCCAAUACUAUGUUGUAAAAUAAUUCAACGUGAUCAAAGAAUUGAAUUAAUUAAACUUUUUCAAAUACUCAUUAAUCAAUCAGAAAAUAUUGAAGCAAGUACGCAUUGGUAUUUAACACAGUUGAUUGAAGUUAAUGCUUGGAAUGGUGAUCAAGUUGAUGAACCUGAUUAUGAACGUCGUUUAAAUGGUUAUAAACAAAUAACAGAUGAAAUUUCAUUAUUGAAAGAUGUUGAUAAAGAUAAAAAUGAACAUCUAUGUUUAUGUUUAUUUUAUCAUUGUUUAUAUGAAUUACAUUAUUCAAUCAAUGAUUUAUCAUUACGUGAAUAUGCAUCACAAUGUAUUCAUCUAUUUCUCAAACAACUUCCAUCAUAUCAAUCAUAUCUUCUUACCGAAAUUCGUUCGAUUUUAAAACAAUCACAUAUAUCAAUUCAUAUACGACACGAAUUUAUUCGUCUUCUAGCAUUAAUUAUUGAUAUUAAUAGUGAUAAUGAAGAUUUGAAUGAUUUAAAGCGUUUACAUAAUUAUAAUGAUAUUGAACUUGAUUUUUUUCAUAAUAUAACUCAUGUACAAAAUCAUCGACGUUUGAGAGCAUUAAGACGUUGCAAAUUAAUACACGAUGAACAACCCUUUCGUUUAACAACAAUGGCUAACUAUCUUUUACCAAUUGUUUGUUCAUUUAUUAAUGAUGUUAUUAAUGGAGAUGCACAAGAUAUUCAUGAUGAUAUUGUUUUUGUAUGUUUAACAGCAUUGUGUCAGAAAUUACCAUGGUUAAAAUAUAAUCAAUUAUUUAUUUCAUAUUUUCGUCAAUUACAAACAACAAAACACACGUUAAGUUUAACACAAAAACGAUGUUUAACUAAAACAGUAUCAGCAAUUAUUGACGCAUUUCAUUUUCAAUUAAAUACUGAUGAGAAAAUUCCUGAAAAUGAACGUAUCAGUCGAACAAUUCAACAACGUCUAUUGCCAAUGAUUCUUGAUCUAUUAAGUCAAAAUUCAUUUUCUAUUGAUAGUCUUACAACAAAUGGAAUUUCAACAAAAAAUGCUACAAUUGAUGAUCAACGUCAACAAGCUGUUCUAUUGACAAUAACAUGUUCAUUAAUAGCAACAAAAUUAAUUGUCAUAUUUCCAAAUGAUUUUAUUGAACAACAUAUAUCAACAAUUCUUCUUCAUCUAUUAACAUUACUUCGUUCGCGUCUUUAUUCUAUACGUGAUCAAGCACGUGAUUGUCUUUGCAAAUGUAUUACCAUACUUGGUAAACGUUAUUUUAAAUUUAUUAUUGAAGAAUUAAUAGGUGGUUUAAAACGUGGUUAUCAACAUUUUGUUUUAUUACAUACAAUUCAUACAAUACUUAUACAUGUAUCAUCAUUACCAAAUGAUUUCAAAAUUGAUCCAGCUGCUAAGGUUAUAGCAAAUUUAUUUAUUGAAGAUUUAUUGAAUACAGAAAAAACUGAAUCAUCAAAAGCAAGUGAGCAUGAAAAUUCAUCAUAUAAACCGUCGAAUAUUCCCGAAGCUAAAACAAAUAAAACAGCUAAUGUUAUGGAAUUACUUGGCCGUUUAAUACAAUCCAACGAUGAACUUUUGAUAUGUAUGGAACCACUACGUCAGCAAUUGUCAUCAAAUAGUGAUUCGAGACAAAUAUCAAAAUGUGAAAAAUGUUUACAACGUUUUCAAACUGGUUUAAUUAAUAAUAAAUAUUUAUCAAUUGAAACAUUAUUUAUAUUUGUUUAUCAUUUAUUAACUAAAACAGAUGAAAUUAAUUCAACCGAACAAAUUAAUAGUGAAAAUAAAAAAAAAUUGAACUCAAUAACUGAAGAACUCAAUAAAUAUCAUUUGAUACCAGCUGAACCUAAACGUGGUCAUGCUCGAGUUGCACAAGCUAUUAAACAUGUUAAGAAAACAAAUCUUCAUUGUUUAAUUGCAUGGACACUCAAUUUACUUCAUAAACUUAUUAAAAAACAUAAAAAUGAUGAUGAGAAAUUUCUCUCUAUGGUUGAUCCAUUUGUUGGUCAUAUUGAAAUAUGUUUAAAUUCACAAUAUACAGAUGUUAUUGUUGCUUCACUUAGAAAUCUAUCAUCAUUAUUAGAGUAUUCAUUACCAUCAUUAAAUCAACAACGAAUUAUUAAUAUGUAUAAAAAGGUAUUCGAUUUACUGAAGAUGUAUGCAUCGGUAGCCGGCUCCACUGAUAUGAAUGAUUUACUAACACUUUGUUAUAAGAUUCUUGGUACAUUUGUUCAGCGAUCAAUCAAUGAUGAUGUUUCUUUAACAUCUGAAGAGUAUCAAUGUUUGUUUACUUAUAUUGAAUCUGAUUUACUUAAUGUUCAUCGUCAAUCAAGUGCAUUUCUUCUACUUCGUUCAAUAAUGCGUCAUUCAGUAAAAAUAAUCUCAAACGAUAAAAAUCUUCGUACACAGCUUGAUAAUCUUCUACGUUCACGUUUAAUAUUUAUGUUAGUACAAUCACCAUACGAUCAUAUUCGUACAACCUGUCGUGAUUUAUUUCAUAUAUAUUUAUUUUCGUAUGAGCAUACAAAAGCAAAAUUAAAAUCAUAUUUUGAUUUUUUUCUUCUUCAACUUGAUUAUGAAGAUUAUAAUGGUCGUUUAUCUGUUUUAACUUUUCUGAAUAGUCUAUUUAAUGAUUUAACAAAACAACGUUUAAAUGAUUAUGCAGCUUAUUUUUUUCUUCCAUUAUCAUGUCAUUAUUAUAAUGAAACAAAUAAUGAAUGUAAAAAGUACUUUCAAUUAAAUUUACAUUUACUAUUAGAAAAAAUUGAUGAACAACAUCGAAAUGAUAUUUUGAAAAAUAUUGUUUUGAUUUGGAUUAAUGAUAGAAUUGAGCAUCGUUGUUUAGCACUGCAAUUAUUUAUUUUAUUCAUUGAAAUUGAACAUGAACAAUUCGAUCAACAUUUAUCUGAUAUAUUCGAUUUUAUUGAGAAAGAAUUAAAUGACAUGCAAAACAAUAACGAUGACAAUGGCGAUGACAAUGAACAACAAAAAUUUAAUGAUCAAUAUUUUUAUCAUUUAAUCAAUGUUUUAGUUAAUGUCAUUAAACAUUGCCCUAAUUCGUUAGAAAUUUUACAAUUAAGAUCGAAAUGGUUAAACAUAUUAAAAUUAAUCGAUGAAAAAUGUUUACUUCAUCCUCAUAUAUGGGUACGAUUUUUAUCGGCACAAUUUUUUGGUCUUCUAUUUGCACGAAAUAAACCCGAAGAUAUUGUUUCACGGAUGAAUAAAUAUUUAACAGCAGAACAUGAUAGUUCGGAUUCUAUUGCAACAAACGAAAAUGGUUCUAUUCGUAAACGUAUGAAAAAAUCGAGCCAAUUAAAUCUUGAUCAAGAACCAUUAUUAGUUCACUAUGUAACAACAUUUGAUUCAUCAGUUUCACCUUACGUUAAAAUUCAACGUUUAUGUUGUUGUUCAUGUUCACAACUGAAACCAUCAGAUUUAACCGAAGCAUUUUGUUUGGAAAUCACCAAGAAUCUUAUUUAUUUAUCAAAACUUCUUGUUUUAUCUGAUCCAAAUCGUUUAGAUUUAAUUGUUAAACGUUGUUGUCGUUUAACGACAUUUGAAUCAACCAAACAUCCCAAUGAAAUAGCACGUCGUUCAUCAGUUUUGAAAUGGAUGGCUGCACUUAUACUUGAUUUAUCGUCAUCUUUAACAGCAUAUUUAACAUCAUUUUUAACUGUUAUUGAACGUGAAAUUGAACGUGAUGAAACAACAAUAAAUUUACCAUUAAAAACACUCGCACUAGAUGUAUUUGAUGUAUUUAAACGUCAUUGUGAUAUACAUGUAAUCACAAGUAUUUACGCUGAUAUAGCUAAACAACGACGUGCAAAACGUUUAGAACGUAAACAAAAAUUAGCUGUUUUAGCUAUUAAUCAACCUGAAAUAAUUUACCGUAAAAAACGUGCUAAACAAACCAAACGUUUGGGUUUAGGAAAAAAGAAACGAAUGAAAGCAAUUGAAAAUGCAAAAAAAAGUCGAAGAAAAAAACAAACAAAUAAAACGAGCGAAGAUAUGGAUGAGUUUUAG